AUGAACGAAACAAGUUAUAUACCAGGUUACAGAGAUAUUAAUAUUCAAGCAUUUUAUAGACCACAAGAAGAUUAUGCUUUCGCAAAUAAUAUAAGAGCUAAGCAAUUUAUAUAUAAUCCUUAUUUUAAGAAGGCAUUAAAAGGUCCAUAUAUCAAAAAAAUGUAUGAACCUUUUGAAAUGAAUAAACCACAUAUAAAAACCUUAUUUUCUCCACAUAUCCUUUCUCACACAAAACUAAAUAGACAAUGCAAUCCUUUAGUAUCCUAUCCUUAUGGUAUUCCUCGAGAUAUUGAAUAUGAAAAGUGUCCAAAAUGUAAAGGGAAAAAAAAGGAACACACAAUUAAGUAUAAUAAAAAAGAGAAGAAGAAGAAUAUAAAUAAGAUAGAUACGUUUAGUUACGAGAACAACUUUUUUGUUUCAAGAUUAAAACCCGGGUAUAAUAAUUCCAGUCAGGAACAAUAUAUUAAUAUAGAAAAAAAUUAUGACAAUGACGAUGUUAUUAAUAUGGACAUAUAUGAUAUAGAAAAUAUUAAGGAUAAAUCAAAACAGGAGUCCUAUGAAGAUACAUACUCACUUCCUAUGGGAAAUGAAAAUAUACAUGAUUACUCCCAAUCAUCAACAAAUAGUUACGAUGUAAUAAAAGAACUUAACAAGCCACGUUAUGAAAAUUUAGAUAAUUUCCCUAUGCAAUAUAUCAAUACACAUGACAAUGAUGAUUCAUCCAUGUAUUAUUAUAGCUAUAAUGAGAAAGAAAAUUUUAAUUCUCAAGAAAAAAUAAAAAAAAAAAAUUUGGAUUUAAAGGAUCUCCAUAUUAAUGAUGAAAUAAAUAUACCUAAUAAAUAUAAAAAUGACACAAAAUAUAAACAUAAUGAUGUUGAAGAAUCUUCAAGUUCCCUUAAUUCUGAAGAAAAAUAUGAAAUUGACAAUAUAAUAAGCAAAUAUAACAAUAAUAAUGAUAUAGAAAAAGAUAAUAAAAAAAAAAUGAACUUGAUUGAUAACAAUAUAAUCAAUAGAGAUAAGAAAGGCAAAAAGGAUUUAUUAAUUAUGCUUAUCAAUGAUCUGACUCAUGGAAAAAUAAAACACAAAAAAGAAAAAAAUGAUGAAAAAUACCGAAUGAAUCAUGAGAAUAAAAUAAAACGUGAAAAUAAAAUAAAACAUGAAGAUAAAAAAAAACGUGAGAACAUGAUAAAAAAUGAAAAUGUUGUAAAAAAUGAGGAAAUAUUAAAAAAUACACAACAAAACCUAAAGCAAGUAAAAAUAUGCGAAAAUGAAAAUAUAUUUAGCAAAUACAAUGUGAUGGAAAUUUAUAAAAACCAAAAUAGUAUGUCAACAGAUAAUACAAAAGAAAAAAAUACAUCCAAACAAAAUGCUCAUCAUAUGAAAGAACAUGAAAAAAAGAAAGAAAUGGAAGUAGAACAUUACCAUAGGUACUGUAAAUCAGGAAAUGGAAAAAAUGGAAAAAAUGGAAAAAAUGAAAAAAAUGAAAAAAAUGAAAAAAAUGAAAAAAAUGAAAAAAAUGAAAAAAAUGAAAAACGUGAAAAAGAAAAAAAACAUGAGGACACAAAAAUUAAAAGAGUAUAUUAUAAAAAUAGUUUGGAAUUACCUAAAUCAAAUGAACAAGAUAUGUAUCAAUCAAAUUUAUCGAAAAAAAAAUCUUUCAAUCCCAAAAAAAAUAAAAAGGUAUCUAUAGAAAAGGAACCUAUCUUUUUCAAAAAAAGCAAAGAUGAUCAAUCAAAAAUAGCAAAACAAAUAAUAGCUAGAGCAAAAUCAAUGAAAAUGAAAAGAAUAGGUACCAUUAAUUUCCCAACUAAAAAUAGCAAUAAUAUAAGUCUUAAGAAACGAAAUACACUAAAAAAAUUAAAUACAAUGGUGGAAUCAAAAUUUAAAAAGCAAAACACUAUAGUAUUGAAAAAAAGAAAAACUAUGCCAAGGUUGCAUUUGACGAAACCACCCAACCCAAUAAUUUUUAUAAACAAAAAAAAAUUCCUAAAAGCACAGAAGACUGUACAUAUCCACGACAAUAAUAAAAAAAAUAAAAAUAAUAACACAAAUAAUAAUGAUAAUAAUAAUAAUAAUAAUUUUAAUAAUAAUAGAAAGAAAAUUCUUAGUAGAUCUAAGACAAAAGUUUAUAUUAAUAAUAAAUCAAAAAUUUUCAAAAAGGCAGAAGUAAAAAUGGUUUCAAAAAAUCCAUUUAACAUAUUAGCAUCUAUCAACAGCUCAAAUACCAAUAUACAAGAUGAAAAGGACAAAAAUACAAUAAAAAAAGAUUAUGUAGGAAAUAAUAAUAAAAACCUAAAUAUUCCUUCUAAAAAAGAUAAACCCCAAAUUAAUAAUCAUUCUGUAAGAAAUAAAUUGAAAUCAAAAAAGGAUGAAUUAUAUCAGAAUAUUUUAUCACUAACCAAAAAUAUGAAAGAGCAACCUUUAAAGAAAACAUAUCAUGAACAUAUAAAUCAUAAGGAUUUAUUAUCCUUAACCUCAAAAAAUAGUGAUGAAAUAUAUGAUAAUUCGGUUGAUGGAGUAUUGUAA